AUGGACAAGUUCAAGUGUCUGAGCUUCUUCAAGUGCAGAAGGAAGGAGAAUGCUGAGGUUGCACCCAAGAAUCUUCAUGUUAAUGAAAAUGAUGAGAAUCAGGAGCGUGGUAACUGGUCCAAAAAAUCAGAUUAUCUUUUAUCUAUGAUUGGAUAUGCAGUGGGACUGGGGAACGUGUGGCGAUUCCCCUAUUUGACCUACAACAAUGGCGGAGGCGCUUUCUUGAUACCAUAUGUGAUUAUGCUAGCCCUGGCUGGUUUACCUUUGUUCUUCUUAGAGUGCUCCAUGGGACAAUUUUCUAGCUUAGGUCCAGUUUCAAUUUGGAGGAUUCUUCCAUUGUUUCAAGGUGUGGGGAUUACAAUGGUCCUGAUAUCCCUUUUUGUGACAAUCUAUUAUAAUGUCAUAAUUGCCUAUAGUCUUUACUACCUGUUUGCUUCUUUUCAACGUGAACUACCAUGGUCAAAAUGUUCCAUCAGUUGGGCUGAUGGAAACUGUAGCAGAUCUCCUUUCGUGACACAUUGUAAUGUGAGUAUAAGCAUAAAUGAAACCUUUCAAGCGAAUAAAAGCUGGGUAGAUGCCAACAAUCUUACCUGCAUCAAUGGAAGUGAAGUUUAUCAGACAGGGCAGCUUCCCAGUGAACAGUAUUGGAAUAAAGUGGCACUCCAACGGUCAAGCGGACUGGAUGAGACUGGAGUCAUUGUUUGGUAUUUAGCACUUUGUCUUCUUCUGGCUUGGCUCAUAGUUGGAGCAGCACUAUUUAAAGGAAUAAAGUCUUCUGGAAAGGUGGUGUAUUUUACAGCUCUUUUCCCCUAUGUUGUCCUACUCAUCCUGGUGAUUCGAGGGGCAACUCUGGAAGGUGCAUCAAAAGGCAUUUCAUACUAUAUUGGAGCACAGUCAGAUUUUGCAAAACUUAAGGAUGCUGAGGUUUGGAAAGAUGCUGCCACACAGAUAUUUUAUUCUCUGUCAGUUGCCUGGGGUGGUUUGGUUGCCUUAUCAUCUUACAAUAAGUUCAAUAACAACUGUUACUCAGAUGCCAUUGUAGUUUGUGUGACAAAUUGCCUUACUAGUGUGUUCGCUGGAUUUGCUAUUUUUUCUAUAUUGGGACACAUGGCUCAUAUAUCUGGAAAGGAAGUCACACAAGUUGUAAAAUCAGGUUUUGAUUUGGCAUUCAUUGCCUAUCCAGAAGCUUUAGCUCAACUCCCAGGUGGGCCAUUUUGGUCCAUAUUAUUUUUUUUCAUGCUUUUGACUUUGGGUCUUGACUCUCAGUUUGCUUCCAUUGAAACGAUUACCACGACAAUUCAAGAUUUAUUUCCCAAAGUGAUGAAGAAAAUGAGGGCUCCCAUAACUUUGGGUUGCUGCUUGGUUUUGUUUUUCCUUGGCCUCAUCUGUGUGACUCAGGCUGGAAUAUACUGGGUUAAUCUGAUUGACCACUUCUGUGCUGGAUGGGGCAUUUUGAUUGCAGCUAUACUGGAAAUAAUAGGAGUCAUCUGGAUUUAUGGAGGGAACAGGUUUAUUGACGAUAUAGAAAUGAUGAUUGGAGCAAAAAGGUGGAUAUUCUGGCUAUGGUGGAGAACUUGCUGGUUUGUCAUUACGCCUAUCCUUUUAAUGUCAAUCUUGAUCUGGUCAGUGAUACAGUUUCGUAGACCUAAGUAUGGACAAAUUCCAUACCCUAACUGGGGAGUUGCUCUAGGCUGGUGUAUGAUUACUUUCUGCAUUAUCUGGAUUCCAAUCAUGGCUGUCAUAAACAUAAUUCAAGCUAAAGGAAACAUCUUUCAACGCAUUGCAACCUGCUGCAGACCAGCUGCUAACUGGGGGCCAUACUUGGAAAAACAUCGCGGGGGAAGAUACAAAAACAUGUUAGAUUCUAAAACAGAGACUAACCAUGAAAUAUCUAAUAUUAGUGACAGCAGAAAACCAGAAUGA